UGGGUGGGGGGGAGAGAGAAAAGCAAGGAGGGAGGGUCUCCUGGAGCCCGCCCGGAGGAGCCAUCACCGCGGCGGCGUCGAGCCUGGCGCGCCCGCCGCUUCCUGGAGCCGAGGAGCCUUGAGGGCGCCAUGCGGCGAUGCUCCCCGGGGUGGCGGCCCCGAUCCUGCCUCUAGCUGCAGGUGCGGACCCCCCCUCCCUCCAGAGACGCCGGAGAGACCCCCCCUCCAGCCAGCCAUGUACGCCAAAGGGAAAGGCUCCGGCGUACCUUCCGACGGGCAGGCGCGGGAGAAGUUGGCGUUGUACGUUUAUGAAUACCUUCUUCACAUCGGAGCGCAGAAAUCAGCGCAGACCUUCCUCUCAGAGUGUCUUCUGGGACCUGUACUGCGCUGCGCCCGACCGGAGGGAGACGUGCGAGCACUCGAGCGAAGCCAAGACCUUCCACGAUUACAGCUCCACGGCCGCACCCAGUCCUGUGAUGGCAAAUGUGGCCCCCGGGGAUGGAAUGGCGCCCAGUCCAAUGAUGUCUGGGUUUUUCCAGGGACCUCCAGGCUCCCAGCAGGCCCCCCAGGGCUCGCCUCACCACCCCAGUGCCGCGAUGAUGGGGCUUCAAAGUCAGCCGUUCAUGUCUCCACGCUUCCCGGCCGGACUGCGGCCUUCGCUACGGAUGCCAAGCCAGCCACCGGGGGGUGUGCCUGGACCCCAGCCUCCAAUGUCCAGCGCGAUGGACCCCGCGGCAUGGGUGCAAGGGCACCCCUCCGUGGGUCCAAUUCAGCGCAUGAGCCCCCCACGUGGCCUGACAGGGAUGGCCCCACAGAGUUACGGUGCUGUGAUGAGACCCCCACAUGGAUCCUUCGCAGGUCCUGGCAUGCCGGCGAUGAGCACAGGUCCUGGAGUACGAAGCCCCUGGCCAAAUAUGAAUGCAAACUCGGUCCCGUAUUCCUCCUCGUCUCCGGGCGGCUAUGGGACCCAGCCGAACUCCACCGUCCUGUCGCUCUCGGCUUCACCUCAGGGCCCCCAUGGCGGUGGGGGCCCGCCUGGCACCCCCCUGCUUCCCAGCCCCGGAGGGUUGUCUCCCUCCCUUCUCUCCCCAGACUCCACCAACUCCAGCGAAAGCAUGUACCUGAUGAAUCCCAUCGGACCCCCCGGAAGUCGGCUCAGCUUCUCCAUGGGGCUGAGCCCCGAAGGCGCGAUGCCCGGAAUGAACGCGAUGGAGCCACAACACAUGAACGGAUCCUUAGGUCCUGGUGAAAUGGAACCCAUGUCAAAGGCUUCUCCCAGCAGCCUGGCGCCUUUGAGCAAUCCUCCUGGCACCCCGCGGAACGACGGCGAGAUGGGCGCCGGAUUCCUCAACCCGUUCCAGACCGAGAGCGGCAGGUCCUGCGUGGAGCGCCGCCCGCGGCGGGGGCGAGGUUCCCGCGGGUCCCGGGGUCCACGUGGGGGCCGGGGCGCCCCGUGGCCAGGCAGGACCGGACCGGCCACUCCCAACGCCGACGACACCAUCUCGUACUGGAAACAGGGGCAGCUGUCCGAGUUGUGACCCCGGGGGGCAGGUGCCCCCCCCAAUGUCUCUCGCUACGGAGCGACGCCACUGGUCCCCAAACGCUCCAGUGACAUUUCCCUAGCGUCCGCCUCCUUUGAUACGACCUGGACUGACCACCGUGGAGGCAAGACGGGGAGGUCCUUUCAAAGAAUAAUAAUUUAAUAAACUCUUCUCCAUCCCGGCUGCCUAUCCCAACUCGGAACUGCUGAUCCAAACACAUUUAUAGAUCGACUUGUGUCGCCCCCAUCUCUCAGACGCUUGCGAAAUCUCCAAUGGGGCAGGCUGGACUGCCUUGUUCUCCCCAUCUCCCGGCUUUUUUUGACUUCACAGCCCCUCGAAGACACCAGGAGCACCUGGGGUACUUUGGGGGAAGGCGCUGGGCAACCCCCCCCAAAAAAAAUGCUGCAGAGCUGGAUUGUCUUUUGGGGAGAGGGGCGGCGGAGGGGCUGGAUUCUGUAUUGGGGAAUUGAGUUGGGGGCAUGGUUUGUAAACAGGGCGGAAGGGGAGCAGCGUUUGUGGGGGGGCAGGCUCGCGGGAACCCUGCUUUUGCACCUCCCUUGAGUGUUUUCUCCUGGCACCGUCGAACUCGGACCGCCUCCCCGAUGGAAGAGGAGAGGGUUUCGUGCAUAUCGAAACAUGGCCUGCUGUACAGAGGCGGAAUUCGCAUCCGUGGCCCUGCCCACUUUUGCCUCCAGCCCCCAGAGCGGGGCAGGGAAGUAGCCUCUGUUCAAGAAACCCACGCCAAACCCUGAUUUAAUACUGGUUCAGAGCAGGCCUUGCGUCUUUUAAAUGUGUGUGGUUUUUUGUUUUGCAAGACAUGAUUCAUUGUUGGUGUGGGAGAAUCCCCACAUUUUCCCCUUCCCUUUCUUCUCACCCCCCCCAAAAAACAGAAUCUUGGAUUAUUUUUUUAAAGCUGGCGAAAUUCCUGUAGCGGCCAGCAGGGCGGCGCUCUUCUGCAGGGUUUUUUAUUUACCUCUCUGCAUCCCAAUUUAUUAAAACUCCCACCCGUUUCUGUCAGCCAAGAGCAGCGAUCAUUAACCUCGAUUCCUCCACUCUGCAAAGAUGUAAUUGGACUACAAAUCCCAUCAGCGCCAGUUGGCUCAGUCAGUGGCCAGGAAUGAUGGGAGCUGUGGUGCAGCUGCAUCUGGGGACUCCCCCCCCCCCAUUUUUUUUUUGAAGAAUGCUGGACUAGAGCAGUGGUAGUUGUGGCCCUUUAAGAAAAGGGGGGGUGUCCACAGAAACUGUUGCUCCACCCACAUUUAGCCUUUGGCUCCGCCCCAGCCCUGGCAUGAGGUCGCUCAGAGGCUGGAAAACUCAUUCCUUUCCCUUCCUAUAUAAAUUCCCAGUGGCAUUAUUACUAUUUUUUAAUGCACGUUCCCUGCCACUAAAUUGCUCCUAAACUUUUGAUAAAAGGAGAUUUCAUAGUCCCUUCCAGAUCGACGAUUCUAUAUGCAAAAUGGGGAAAACCUGCCAGAUUACCCGCUCUCCCCUUCCGUUUAAACUUUAUAUUUUUUAAAACAUUCUGCUUUUGCUACGGAACCUCAUGCAAUCUGCAAAAAGAAUUGAAUUCAGAACGGGGGGGGGGGUGAACGAGAGGGCAAGAUUCGCCUGGGCCGGUUGACGUUACCUUAUUAUUAAUUAUUAUUAUUAUUGCAAGAGGGGGGAGGAUCUUUGAGAUGGGGUAGAAAUUGCUUGCCUCGGUGGGUGGUUUCUUUCGUCGCUGUAAAUAGAACUUACCGUUUUUUGGAAAGCCGCUUCAAUUUUUUUAAAAAGUCGCCGACAAGGAGGGGAAAAAGAAUAGAAAGCCUUGCAUCAAUAAAUGUUAAACUUUGAUUUUUUAAAGAAAAAAC